AUGUUCUUAAAUAAUGUGGUUUGCACAUUUCACAGAAAUGACAUCUACAACUUUGACAAGACCUGCAACCAUGGGAAGCUCUACAACACCUCUAAUCACAUUGAGCCCUACGACCAUGACAAGCCCUAUAAGUGUGACAACUGCAGGCACAACAAUCCCAACAACACCUACAAGUGCAGGCUCCACAAGCCCAACAACACCUCCAAGCCCAAGCCCCACAACACCUACAACCACAACACCACCCACAACCCCAAGCCCCACAACACCUACAACCACAACACCACCCACAACCCCAAGCCCCACAACACCUACAACCACAACACCACCCACAACCCCAAGCCCCACAACACCUACAACCACAACACCACCCACAACCCCAAGCCCCACAACACCUACAACCACAACACCACCCACAACCCCAAGCCCCACAACACCUACAACCACAACACCACCCACAACCCCAAGCCCCACAACACCUACAACCACAACACCACCCACAACCCCAAGCCCCACAACACCUACAACCACAACACCACCCACAACACCUACAACCACAACACCACCCACAACCCCAAGCCCCACAACACCUACAACCACAACACCACCCACAACCCCAAGCCCCACAACACCUACAACCACAACACCACCCACAACCCCAAGCCCCACAACACCUACAACCACAACACCACCAACAAGCCCAAGCCCCACAACACCACCCACAAGCACAUUCCCCACAACACCACCCACAAGCACAUUCUCCACAACCACAACAACACCCACAAGCACAAGCCCCACAACAACACCCACAAGCACAAGCCCCACAACAACACCCACAAGCACAAGCCCCACAACAACACCCACAAGCACAAGCCCCACAACAACACCCACAAGCACAUUCUCCACAACCACAACAACACCCACAAGCACAAGCCCCACAACAACACCCACAAGCACAAGCCCCACAACAACACCCACAAGCACAAGCCCCACAACAACACCCACAAGCACAUUCACCACAACCACAACAACACCCACAAGCACAAGCCCCACAACACCCACAACAACAAGCCCCACAACACCCACAACAACACCCACAACAACAAGCCCCACAACACCCACAACAACACCCACAACACAAGCCCCACAACACCCACAACUUCAUAA